AUGCUACUUCUCAGAAGAGCUUCUUAGAUUUUUUAUCUUUUUGAAAUAGCACCAAAAUAUUAUUCUGUCCAAUCUUUUUUUUUUUUUUGUUCCUUUUUCUUCCCUCGAGAGCUAAAUUCUUACAAGUGACAACCAACAGUAUCAUCAAUCAUCCGAGUGGGAAAUAUUUAGAGGUGCAUUUGGAGUAAAUCCUUCUUUGCAUGCGAAAAUACUGGAGUAUAUAGCUGAGAGAAACUUGAAGAAAGAUUAUUGAGUUCUCGACUUCCAUCAUGAGACGCCAACGAAGUAGGGGGACCGAUCGAAGUGUCUCAUGGAAGAAGGAGAGACUAACGCUCUUCAUUCUUUUCUCCUAAUUCUCUUAUAUUCCAAGGCCAUGUUUGCUCGGACUACUCAAGUUCAAAUGCAUGGAUGGCAGUGCUUCAUCUGUUCCAUUCCAAACAGAGAUAUUCCACCGUUUGAUUUCAUGUCUCACGUUAUAAAGCAGAUUAAAAGUUAAGGAGAACCGCAGUUGUGAUCAUUCAGUCUCCUUCAGCGUGUACCGAAACCUGCUGUGUGAGAUCUCCAGCUCUGGGAAUUCCUUCAGUUUCUGCUUUGAAUCAGUAAAUCUUGUGGUUUCUUUUCUGCAAAUCCAAUUUCCUCAUUAUUAGCAUCGAGCCGAACACCAAUCCAUGGUAAAAUUGUCAGGAAUAGGGUCCCAAAUUUGUGGCAUUAACACUGGGAAUCUUAUCCUUUUGGAGAAAAAGGAACGAAGGAGUUGGCCAUGCGUAGCUGUCUUUCUUCUCUCCAUCAGGCAGUCAUUUAUUGAAUGGGGUCGAUCCAUGUUCCAUGGUCUUCUCGCCCUCACCUUCUCGGUUCUUCUGAACCACCUUCUUAAGUGGCGAGUGGGCUUCGAAUCACGCAGAGGUUUAUUGCAUGGGAGUCAUCAGAUCGAUCCAUGAGGUGCUGAGCGCCAGAAGCUAGAAAUGGAGUGUGGGGACGUCAUGUGUUAAAACCAUGCAAUUUGCUUCAUCCUUCGAGUCUUCAGUGUUGAUCUUACCGGUUCUCAAGCCAAAACCUUAACCGCUGAGCUUGUCCGCAGGUGGUGGGCGAUCUCGUAACAAGCCACUGCAGCAUUGAGCUUCGAUUCGAUGCCGAGGUCGAGAGCGUCGGAAUUGCCGCAGAGGCAGCCGCAGCGAGCGGCGCCUCUUCACCUGAAGACCAACUCUGAGGCCAACAGCCACCAACGCUCAGUCGACCGCCGUGCGAAGCCGGAAGAUCGCCGAUCCCCUCGUAGUCCCUUGCACGAGAAGCGCGGCACUGGAGUCUCCGACGUGGAGACCAAGCUUGGCGAAGCGCAGGAGGAGCUCAAGAUGCUAAGGGACCGGCUGGCUUUGGCCGAAGCAGCGAAGCUCGAUGCUCAACAAGCUCUCGAGAUGGCCAAGAAGCAGAUACCCUCUGCUAUCCCAGUAGUGAAAGCAGAAGAAGCGGAGAAUCUUCUGCUUCAGCAGGACUCCGAAGAGACGUCAGAAGUCACGCAGGAGGCGAAGAUUGAAGAGGAGAGCGUCGAUUCCGCGCGCACUACUGAUGUCUUCGAAGUCGUAGCACCGACCGAGCCCACAAACGUAGAGAACGACGAUCACAGCAAGCCCGGAGAAGAAGCGACAGUAACCGAGAAAGAGGAGGAGGAUAAGGAGGAGGAGAAAGCUAAAACAGCAGUCGAGAACGAGAAAUACGUGAAAGAUCAAAUGGUAGACAAGAAAGAGGAACAACAGCGCGGCGGGGUAGAGCUUCCGAAUUUGCUGGACUUGGUUGAACUCGAGGACACGACAGAGGUGGGAAUUGUGCUGGAGGAGAACGUGCUCGCCAAGACGACAGCGGAGUCGCAGACCGUGAGAACUGCCGACGCAGCACGAGCCAAGGAAGAGGAGCUCGCAGAGAAGCUGAGAUCAACGGAGGAGGAGCUGAAACAGAGCAGGGAGAAAGCGGAGCUGCUGACGGAGCAGCUGCAAGCGGCAGUAGGGGCGAAGUCGAUGCUCGAGGAGGAAAUGAAGCGGCUGAGGGUGCAGACAGAGCAGUGGCGAAAGGCCGCCGAAACAGCUGCCGCGGCGCUGGCAGCCGGCGACGAUGUCGGGCACGAGGAAUGGGGUCCGGCGCUGAUGGACGGGGAUGCGAUGAGGGAGGAAGGGGCCGUGGGGAAGCGGAAGGGGGCGGGUGUUCGGGUCUUUGGUGACCUCUGGAAGAAGAAAGGUCAGCGCAAGUAGAGAUCGGAUCAGCCUUUCGGAUUGCCUUUUGAUGCCGCGCCGUGUCUGUUUGCUUUGGUUUGGUUUGGUGGAUGGUUGUAUCUGCGUCUCUUCCCACGCCGCUGUUAAACCACAGACAGUGUUGCAGAUUUGACGACAAUGGAUCGGAUAAUAUAUAAGAUUAUAUAAGAGAAUCAAAUGUUUUCCCAGAAGAACAUAAUUUGAAGUUGGGAAUAUAUCAUUUCAUGUGAUGGGUAAUUAUAUCUACUGUCGCAAUGCAUCAUUCGAUUGCAAGCUUCUCCUUCCUCCUCGAGUGAAGUAAUGUUGAGGUUGAGCAGCCGAUGACAGUGGGACGAUGGCAGACGUAGGUCAAGUCACUGCGCCUCCAGUGGCAGGUUCACAUGGGCCUCACACACAGCUCACACUACAAGGUCGGCGACGAAGGAUGACAACUCGCGUCUUCUUUCUCAGCACCGCUCGUGUGCCGUGCCACCGCAAGCCAUUGAUUCCAUGCGCCAGAAACUGGAUGCCUGUGAUGUCGUGCUGUGGCCAACGGUCUCAAGGAGGUCCUCCGAGUGCUCACUCCAUUGCUCAAUCACCAAUUUCCAAGCUCUGCGACUCACUGCAUGUCUCUGACUGCUCUUAGCAGCUGGCAACUUUCUUCCCAGCUGUUUGCUGAAGGAGUUGUUCUUCUGUUCCACAUCCUUAAGCAAAUGAACAUCUAGAGCAGCCACACGAGCAAAGCUAAAUUACCAGUCCCAGAGAUGAAACAUGAAUCUUAAUGUCGCCAAUCAAAUGCGCAUC